UCUUCCUUCAAUUUGAAUCCCCAAACCCCAAAGGUCAAAACCAGAGAAAAUAGCGAAAAAGGGCAAACACUAAAUUUUCCGGCCAAAACCCUCACCGGGAAUUCCCUUGCUCGAAAUCCACUUAAGAAAGAUAAUCUUCUAAAACUCUCAGAUCAGCUUUCUUUUUUGGAAAAGAGCAGAUUUAUAAGCGAGUGGUUUUAGGGUUUUUCACUUUUCAAGAUCACUCUUUUGCUAUAGAAGGAAUUUCGUAUUCUAGGUUUUCUUUCAAUUUUUUUGGUGUUUUUUGGUCAAGAUCACUAGAUGGAUCUCCCUUCAGAAAUCGACAAUUACAUAAAAGAAACAAUCGACGAUUCCUUAGGCCUCCCAGUUUCUACACACACUCUGCAGUUGAAGCUUCGCGCCUCGGAGGAUACCCACCGCCGCCUCCAUGACCAGUACCUUCUUCUCCUCGAGAAAUUGCGCCAAAAAGACCAACUCAUCGACCGAACCAAGGCGGAGGCGAGUAUGAAUGCGAUGGCGCUGAAGAAGUUUGUGGAGGAAAAUCAGAGAUUGGCGGCAGAGUGUGCUAGUUUGGUGAAUCAGUGUAACAAAUGGGAGAGGGAGUGUUCACUUUAUGACCACGACAGAGAGGCUUUAAUGGAAUUUGGAAACGAGGCUGAUGAGAGGGCAAGAGAGGCCGAGGUUAGGGUUCGUGAGUUGGAAGAGGUAUUAGGAAAGUUAUCUGAGGAAUUGCAGUUCUACAAGAACGAGUGCGAAAUGCAUAGGGUUCCUUCAUCUGCUAAGAGCACAGAUGUGGAACAGAAUUUACUCGAGUCCAUUUUAGCUACAUUGGUCAGUAAAGAUGAAGUUGAACUUGGUCAUGCUUUUCUGGAGGCCAACAGUGGACAUGAGUCGUGUCAAAAGUUGCUGAAAGUACGGAACAGCUUGAGGCCAUCAACUCAGAGAGUCUUAUCUUUGGCUGCUAAAGUGAAGAAGCUUCAAAAAGAUAAGGAACAUCUCAGGAUCAAUCUUACCAGAGCUGAAGAGGAGGUCCACUUGCUAUCUGAAGAAAACAACAUAUUGAAUGAGGAGAACAAAAAAUUAUUGAAGCAACGUCGCCGAGAAUACAACCUUGAUGGCUCUGGUGGAAAACAUACAAGCAGUGCAUCUGCCAAGAGGAGCAAACGAAAAUCAAGUCCAAAGAUGACUAGCCCAGUCGAUAUGAAAAUUGAUUCGAAAGACAUAGAUUCAUUGAGGCAGCCACUAUCACCUUUGCGACAAAACUCUCCCGAAUGUAGGAUGCAUAAGAAGUAACAGGGGAUUCUUUUGUAUUUUGUGUAUUUUCUUCUUAUUACCUCUGGGUAGUUCUUUUUAUGUUGGAUAGUAUUACUGAUGGGAACUAGCUACAUACAUGUGGUUAUGUCAGAACUCUUAACUAAUCAAUUAGCGACUCGGGGGUUCUUUUUCCCUCCUUUACUUGA